GGAGCCUGGUGGGCUGCCAUCUGUGCGGUCACACAGAGUUGGACACGACUGAAAUGACUUAGCAGCAGCAGCAUUGUGUGGCUGGUGGUGUCCUGGGAGGGUAUACACAAAAUAAUAACAGUGGUUAACUGUGGGGAGUUGGGAUAUUUUCCAUUUCAGUCUGUGCAACUUGAGGGUGUGUUUUUGUUUUUGUUUACUAUGGGACUUUUUAAUAUAUUUUGAUAUAUUGAUACAUUAUUAGCAGGCUUAACUAAGUUAUAUAUGCAGUUUUGUGCAACUUGAGUUAGGUGUGCGUAUUCGAAUCCGUAUAUUUAAAUUUUUUAAAUGUAUGCUGCUUGCUCUAUUGCAAUGUUUAUUCAUCUGUCUCCCCAGCAGCCUCUGGGGACUCUAAAGACAGAAACUGAGUUUUGUCUUCAUCAUCUAUUUGGUUUUUAAUCGAAAUAAUUGCAAAAAUGAGGGGUAGUUUGGGGAUAUCCGGAUGGUCUGUCGGAGACUAUGCUACUGAGCCUGUUGGGCUGUGGCAGCUGGAGUCCUCCAGACGCACCAGAGAGAUGUGCCGGCCGCAUUGCUAGAGAGACACAGAGCCCGCUCGGCUGCAGCCCGGAGUCCUGACGGCAGGAAGUGGGGGCACGCCCACCAGGCGAGGCAGCUGGCUUCUCCGGACUGGAGAGUUGGGCCUCCGGUCUACAGUGGGAUUUUUCACUGGGUCAGCUACGUCUUUGUUGUGCUUGUUCCUUGAACUUUGGGGCUGUUAGCAGUUAAGACAAUCAUUCACUGAGUGCCCCCUGUAUUCCAAGUGCUGGGGUGCGAUCGCCGUAAGAUACGUUCUGGGCCCGCGGGACGUCUUAGCAUCCCAGUACAUCUCCGUGCAUUCCGCAGGACAUCCACCAGUAUUUGUUGAAUACCAGGUACGCCGGCAGAGAUAAGACCCUGUCCUCAAGGAGCAAGGGGUGAUGGUCGUGAUGGGGGCUGUGACCUGUGAGUUGGAGAGUGAAGCGAGUUGGUGAGGCAGGCUUGGGCUCACUUUUCCAUGGGAACGCCCUCCGCCUGAGUGGUUCAGAGGAAGUUUGGGGGUGGCAUUUGCGCUGGGCCUUGGAGAUUUACGGUAAGAAGACUGGUCGUGGCCAUAAAGUACAAGGUGGGUGGAAGAAAUUUGAGUAUUAGCUGGCAGUGACACGAGGUAUUUGAGAAGACGAUGGCUUUCUUGCAAGUAGGAUCUGUGUCUUUUAUUCCGGGGAUAGCUCAUGGAAGAUAAUGAUGUGCUCGAUAAAUGUUUAUCGAGUGGCAAACACAUAAGUGAAACUCAGUUCUAAAAUCGAAUCCUGGGGAGUUUGAAUUUAGUUCAACCAGGAACAAUUGAAAUUAGCAUUUGGGGUUGGGGGUUGUCAGAUAUGGUCCGAAUUGUGCUUUAAGAAAUACCGAUCCAGUGAUGAUGAAGUGGUGGAGCAGGAAUACCACACAGAAAAUAUUGUGAUAAUAGUGACUGUCAAUCAUAAUGGUGUAAAAAGGAAGAUGAAGGAGUGGGUGCAAGAGGCAUUUUGGAGGAAGAAUUGACAGGACCCAGGGUGAUUAUGUACACUAUAUGUAGGCUGGCUUUGAGCCUGAAUACAUGGAGGAUGGUGGUGAUGCCAAUAGAAAUAGAAAAAUACAGAGUGAGUGCAGCUUUGAGGAGGCUAAUUUCAGUUGGCGAUGUGUUGAAAUAACAGGGCAGGAAGGUCCAAGGCUGGAGGCAUCCUGUGGCAUUUCAAGAUGUGAGUCUGAAAUGUGAAAGGCAAGUCAGAACCAGAUAAGAGUGUUCUUAGAACAGAGAUAUAUUGAAUUUUGAUGCAGAUAACAAAAGGAAAAAUGAGAGGGAGAAACAGAAGUUGAAAUAGUUCUGCUGUUUAUCUAUUGUUACGUAAAAAAAAUAAUGCCCCAAACUUAAUGGCGUAAGACAACUUCAGCUUAUUAUUUCUUACGAUUCUGUAGGUUGACUGGGCAGUGUUACCGGACUUACCCAUAUGGCUGGGGACUAGGCUCAGCUCAGCUUCAGCUGGGGCUCUGUGGUUCUCAUCCACAUGACCUCACAGCAUGGCCGUCUCAUGGCUGUGUGCCAGGGACUAUAAGAGCACUUCCUCUUACAGUGUCAUAUCUGCCAUAUUUUAUUGGUCAGAGCAAGUCACAGACCAAUGCAGAUUCAAGGGAAGGAAAAAGACUCCACCCCAUAAUGGGAAAAGUAACAAAAUCUCAUCACAGCAGAUCUUAGGCGAUGGAGACUUGAAGACUUUUGAAAGUCUGCUUCACCUAAGGUAAAGUAUUCUGUGAGAAAUAUACAGAGAUAGAUGACCUUCCCUCCAUCUAAAGUAUAAGCUGCUCAGGCAUUCUUAUUAACCCUUUUUCUCUUGCAUCCCCUCCCUUUGGGCUCUACUCCCUUAGGAGUCAAGGUAUACUUCAUUGAUAAAACAGGCAAGCAAGCCCAGUUUUUGAGCAUCACUUAGAGUGGGGACAAAAAGAUAAAUGUGUUACAUAGAUUUUUGAAGCUGUUGUUAUUUUCAUGUUACUGAUCAAUACUUACGCCUCAGGUGUAUAUUUGGAAAAGCUAAGUGAACUGUUUUCUAAGCCUUUAAGGUCAACAUGGAUGAAGUUUUGCAGGACUCUGCUCCUGAAAAUGGAGACAGCCUUGUGAAAGUGAAGGAGGAAGAUCCCACAUGGGAACAGACAUGCAGCUCACAGGAGAGUGGCUCCCACACUCGGGAGCUUUGCCGCCUGCGCUUCCGGCAGUUCUGCUACCAGGAGGUACCUGGGCCCCGGGAGGCUCUAGCCCAGCUCCGAGAACUUUGCCAUCAGUGGUUGAGCCCAGAGACCCACAGCAAGGAGCGGAUCCUGGAGCUGCUGGUGCUGGAGCAGUUCCUGACCAUCCUGCCCGAGGAGCUCCAGGCCAGGGUGCAGGCGUGCUCUUUGGAGAGUGGGGAGGAUGCAUUGAUAGCGCUGGAGAGUCUAGAGAGAGACGCAGGAGACUCAGAACAGGCUUCUGUCUACACUCUAGGACAGGACCUGCACCUACUGGUGACAGAAUGUCAAGGAACCUCUUCGGAGGGUCAGAGCCCCCAGCUCCUGUUGGGGGUAACCACACUGAAGAGUGAGCCUCCAGAGUCUCCCCAAGAGACCGCCCAAGAAGUGAGUGGACUCUUGUCUGCUCCGUCCACAAGGCCUGCUCCCCAGAGAUCAGACCCUCUCCAGGAAGAGAAUCCCAGAGACCAGGCUGCAGUACUGGGGUUGAACUCAGCCAGGUCCCAGACAUCAGUGAAGACUGAGGAAGCAGCGCCGGUCCUUGUCUCAGAGGAGUGGCGAGUUCCAAGUCUGGCUCAGGAGAAGAUUACAAACAUUAGUCUCAUGGCUGAAGAAGGUGUAACUAAAGAUGGAUUUUUAAACACAAAGCAAGAAACUUCUGAAGAAAUGGAACAAGGUGCUGAGGCCUCAGGAAUAGCCAACAGAGACUGUGUACCCCAGAACCCUUGUGGUACCCCUGUUCCUGUUGAAAGGACACUUGUGCAUUUGAACACUCUCAAGGACCGUCAUCCAGGUGAUUUGUGGGCUCGGAUGCACAUCUCCUCCGUGGAAUAUGCUGCAGGAGACAUUACCCGAAAAGGGAGGAAGAAAGACAAAGCUCGAGUGAGUGAACUGCUCCAAGGCCUUGCAUUUUCUGGUGAUUCAGAUGUGGAAGAGGAUAACAGGCCUGAGACCCAGCCUGCUCCAAAAAGGCUAAAAAGGUCAGGUGUCCCAGAAAAGAACUGGACCAAAAGAGAUAUUAAACCCAACUUUCCAUGCUGGUCAGCACUGGAUUCUGGACUUUUGAAUCUCAAGAAUGAAAAGUUGAACCCAGUAGAGUUCUUUGAGUUAUUUUUUGAUGAUGAAACAUUCAACCUGAUUGUCAGUGAAACCAAUAAUUAUGCUUCUCAGAAAAAUGUCAACUUGGAAGUCACAGUUCAGGAAGUGAGGUGUGUGUUUGGUGUCCUGCUUUUGAGUGGACUCGUGCGGCGUCCCAGCAGGGGAAUGUACUGGGAAAUGUCUGAUGCUGACCAGAACCUGGUUAGAGAUGCAAUCAGAAGGGAUAGAUUUGAAUUGAUUUUCUCAUACCUGCAUUUUGCAGAUAAUAGCCAUCUAGAUCAGAAUGAUAAGUUCACAAAAUUGAGGCCUCUCAUAAAGCAAAUGAAUAAAAAUUUUCUCCUAUAUGCUCCCCUUGAAGAAUACUACUGUUUUGAUAAGACAAUGUGUGAGUGCUUUGAUAGUGACCAAUUUCUGAAUGGUAAAUCUGUUAGAAUUGGCUAUAAAAUCUGGUGUGGUGCUACCACAGAGGGUUAUCUGGUUUGGUUUGAGCCUCAUCAAGAAGAAGCAACUCUGAUGGCAGGUAAGGAUCCUGAUCUUGGUUUCGGUGGAAACCUCGUGAUGAAUUUUGCUGAUGUUCUUUUAGCAAGGGGUCAGUAUCCAUAUCACCUGUGCUUUGAUGGCUUCUUUACAAGUGUCACAUUGGUGUCAGCCUUGAAGAAGAAAGGGGUGAGGGCAACAGGGACAAUUCGUGAGAGCAGGACUGAAAAAUGCCCCCUUAUGAGUGCAGAACAUAUGAAAACAAUGAAGAAGGGGUACUGUGAUUUCCGAGUAGAAGAAAAUGAUGAGAUAAUUUUGUGUCGUUGGCAUGGUAAUGGUAUUAUCAGUCUGUGUUCCAAUGCUGUUGGCAUAGAGCCAGUCAAUGAGAUACACUGUUUUGCCAGUGACAAGGAGAUCCCUCAGAUAAGUCAACCAUCCAUAGUGAAACUGUAUGAUGAAUGCAGGGAAGGUGUAGCUAAAAUGGAGCAGAUCACUUCCAAAUACAGGGUGAGAAUAAGAAGCAAGAAAUGGUACUCAGUUUUGGUGAGCUAUAUGAUUGACAUAGCCAUGAGCAAUGCGUGGCAGCUACACAGAGCCUGUAACCCAGGCGCCUGUCUAGACCUCGGGGAUUUUCGGAGAUACGUUGCACAUUUCUACUUGGAGCAGAAUGCAAAUAUGUCAGAUUAAGGCAGGUGAAACAGACACAAUGAAAACAUUAAUAAAACACAGAAAAGUCACAACUAUACAGCAGAUUGUACCCAAAGCAAACAUGAUGUAUGUAUACGAUUAAAUAACUACUAUUUAUUUUUAAAAUGUAGAGUUUCAAAAACUAUUAUAACAAAUGAUCUGUAAAAAUGUUGAAAUCCAUUGGUACCUUGUGUUUUUCUAAUUUUGAUAGAAACAUGGGAAAUCCUUUAUUAGUUGCAUUGAAUUGAUUAUCCAUUUAAAGAAUGAAAUCCUG